AAUUCUAGGAAAACACGAAGUGUGAUUUCAACUAUUUAAUUUUAAAUACCGAUCACGUUAUUUCCUUUACUUUAUAGCUGAAUGAUCAACGUUAUAUCAUGUAUCCAAUUAUAAUUGCAAUUUGUCCUGUAUUUCAAACAAUUUCCUUAACCGAGAAACUUAUGUGCCUGGAAAGAAUAUUAAAUGAAAUUCGAUUCUUCUAACAUUCUCACGGCUCUUUUCCGCUUAAUUAUCGUUGAUCUAAAGCUGUUUAAUUAUGUUAAUUUAUACGAAAAUACUCCCAUCUUGCAUAUUAAAGUAUACUUACUGAUCAAAUAAACAUUUAGCAAUUAAGGCCGCGAUAUCGCGUGCGCGGAUAUUCUCUCAAUGCACGUGAUAUCGCAUGAGAAGUAUCCACAGUGCAAUGUCGAAUUUUACAUUAUUGUAACCUACAUCUUCUGCCAGAAUUUUCCAGAAUUAAUUAAAAAUAAAAAAUGUUACCAUCAGUAGAAAAUAGUGCUGCCACCUGUAAAGACACGUGAAACUAUUCCAUGCGUCAACCAGAAUGCACCAAGUGACAUGCAUACACUAACACAUGAAAGUGGAAGCUAGUCGUUGAAUUACAGAAUAUUAAAUUAGUUGUGUGUAGUAUGAGAGUACAACUGCCACACUGCCUUACAAAACAUGGGAGAUAAAGAGCAGCAUCACGUACACUUUAGCGGGGGAAGCGGUCUCGGGAAAGAUAACAAUAUUAUGAUACAACCGCAACGACAUGGACAAAUAGAUGCACAUCUUGGAUUUUUGCAACUUCAUCACAGAUAUCACGUGGAAUUCUCGAUUCCGUGGAAUGAAUGUACACAUAGAAAUGGAAAGAAUAACCCUCCAGCAAUAGCGACAGGACCCCCUAACCCUAAUUGUCGCAUUAUUGAAUUGAAACAAGAAAAAGAUGGCCUAAAGUUAAAAAUAGAGUUUUUAGCGUAUAAGGAAAAGAUUUUGAAGGAAGAAGUGCAAAUAAUGUGUUGCAAGGAAGGAACCCCAUUGCACAUUCAACUGAACACCCGCGUUUUGGGAAAAGACAAGGGUACACCGUUGCUGAGGAAUGGGAUACACAACAUUGGCGUGGACAAAGCGAACAUGGAUGAGGUGAGGAGUGGAAGGUCAAGUAGAGGUUGAGGAUCAGGAGUUAAACGUGAAAUACGAGAACGUUUCUUAUUUCGAACUUUAGUCGUGCGAUUGGCAGGAUCUUUGCCUAUGAACAUAAUCACUGCGGUUAGCUAGCAAUGAUUUGCAACCGUUAUUUUAAUUGUAAGAAGUUAUAUAUGCACGCGUUAAAUUUAUUGGCGUAAUUGGGACUUAUAUUUGGAACAAGUUUCCAAUAGAUUGACCAAUAGUACAGGGUUAAACGGCUUUGUAGAAAUUUCUGAAGUUCUAAUGCAAACUAUGGAUAGCCAGUGUAUCUUGGGGUGCGGUCAGGUUUAUCCUGAUUAGUAUCUAAUUACGCCAAUGUUAAAUUUAAAAUAUAUAGAAAUAAUCUUAUCUAUCGGUCGUGAUAAGCUUAACACGACAGCUAUCUUAAAUGCACGAUAUAACUUUCGAAAUACGCAAUGUUCGGUAAAAAAGCUGCUAUUGGAUUUAUUGCAAUGCCUUCAAUUGCAUGGGCCUAUGAGACAACUGCAAGACUUGUUUCUUCUCUCGCGUCGACAAUUUUCAACAACGAACUUGACGCGAGUACUUAAGUGUUCUUUUAAUCAGCCUUCUUGAAGGAUCACAUCGAGAUAUGUAAUUAACUAAAUCGUAAUUGCUAAAUACCGCAUUUGCCUAUUGUUCCUUCUUAAACGAGAACGUAUCACGCAAUGCCUAUAUCAAAGUCUAUAACACUCAAGCGUAAUAUCAUCAAUCUAUCUGUAAUAACGAAAUUGUAUUUUAUGAUCGUUUUACAUCGAGUAUAAAUUUAUCAGAAGAAAAAUAUCAGUAAUCAAAAAAUGAAUUUUACGAUUGACGAUGCUGUUUUCUAAUUCUUUGCUGAACUGAUACGAACUAUCAAAAUAAAUAACUUCGACGAAACAAUGUGCCCUACGUUUGUUUCAUUGUUAAUGAUGAUCUUUCGUUAAAACCUAUCUUUGUACAAAAUCAAUUGACCAUCAAAAGUUGAAAGUAUUAUCUUAAAGU